AUGGCGCUGCUUGCGCGGUCCAAGGACAAGCUGGUAGCGCUAGCGGAGGAGCUGCAAGGCGUGCCAGGCUGCGGCCGUGUCGUGGUCUACGCGGUGGACGUGCAGGACCGCAACGCGCUGGCCGCCGCCAUGAGCGACACCGUCAAGGAGAUCGGCGGACCCGUGGACGUGCUGGUCAACAACGCGGGUCUCACUCUCGGUGCGCCCGCGUGCUUCCAGGACCAGUCGAUCGCCGACAUCUCGAUCAUGGUGCAGACGAAUGUGAAUGGCGUGCUGUUCGCUGCUCACGCGGCUCUCAACCAGGGAGGAAUGAUGGUGCAGAAGCGCGGAGUGAUCGUGAACGUGACGUCGGUGACCGCUCUGGAAGCGCCUCUGUUCCCCGGUGAAGCCGUCUACCACAUGGCCAAGGCGGCGCAGGAGGGCUUCUCGAACGCGUUGCGCAACGAGCUGAGCCGCACCAACGUCAAGGUCGUGGUGGUGCGUCCGGGCGUCGUGGCCACGAACUUCCACGAGCAGCGCCCGCUGGUGUCCGACGACGUGGCGGACGCGAUCUCGUGGGUGUUGGACAAGCCCGAGCGAGUGAUGGUCAAGGCGCUCGACGUUGUGCCGACCGCACAGCGCAGCCUCAGCGUGUUCGACCGCGAGUGGAACGCUCGAAACGCCAAGUAG